AUGUCGGUGUGUUCGCCGAUCCGUGCUGCCUCGCAGCUCCCCGCCGUUCGAUCCCUUCACGGCGAUGCUCUCGGACAAUCCCUAAGGAGCUCGAAUUCCGUUAGCCUACCAAUUCCCAAGGCUCUUCCAGCCGGUCAGAUCUUGCCAGGAGGCUCUGCCCCUCAGAAGCUGCAGAUCCAGGCAAAGAUUUUGAAGACUAAGAGAGCUCCGAGAGACCCGGACUACCCGUGGCCGGAUAAGUACAAUGCGGAAGAGAAGGGGUUUCUGGCGUUCCUGUCCAAGUUUAAGGACGUAGCCAAGCCCACCAAGCCGAUGGCGCUUCCGUUCGAGAAACCGCUGGUCGACCUCGAGAAGAAAAUUGAGGAGGUUCGCCAGCUGGCGGAUAAGACUGGCAUGGACUUCACGGACCAGGUGCAGGAGCUGCAGGACAAGUACGAGCAGCUGAAGCGCGACAUCUACGCGAGAAUAACUCCGGUUCAGCGGCUCAGCGUGGCGCGUCACCCCAACCCGCCGGCCCCAGUGAGCGGAGCUGGACGGCGGCCCCUGGGCUGCGACGGCCCGGCAGUUCUUACAUCUACCUUCCGCUUCCUUCCUCUCCUCGCACUUUCCCUUCCAGUUUCCUUGCUCUCCUCGCACUUUUCCUUCCGGUUUCCUUCCUCUCUGCGCACUUUACCUUUCGGUUUCCUUCCUCUCCGCGCGCUUUCCCGUCUGGCCUCCUCUCCGCGCAUGUCCCCUCCCGUCCGACCGCGCUAUCCUCUCCCGCUGUGGGUGGAGCUGCACGGCGACGGCGGCGGCUACGACGACCCGGCUCUCCUGCAUCUCCCCUUCUGGGUGAAGCUGCACGGCGACCGGGGGGGCUACGACGACCCGGCGCUGUGGGUGGAGCUGCACGGCGACCGCGGGGGCUACGACGACCCGGCGCUGGUGUGCGGCAUCGGGCGCAUGGACGGCAUGAGCUUCAUGUUCAUGGGGCACCAGAAGGGGCGCAACACCAAGGAGAACAUUUACCGCAACUUCGGCAUGCCCACGCCCAACGGCUUCAUGUUCAUGGGGCACCAGAAGGGGCGCAACACCAAGGAGAACAUCUACCGCAACUUUGGCAUGCCCACGCCCAACGGGUACCGCAAGGCGCUGCGCAUGAUGCGCCACGCGGACCACCACGGGCUGCCCAUCAUCACAUUCGUCGACACGCCCGGCGCGUAUGCUGGCGUCACGGCUGAGGAGCUCGGACAGGGCGAGGCCAUUGCACACAACCUGCGGGAGAUGUUUGGGCUCGAGGGCGAAGCCAUUGCGCACAACCUGAGGGAGAUGUUUGGGCUCAAGGUGCCGUCAGUCAGUGUGGUGAUUGGAGAGGGCGGCUCUGGUGGCGCUCUCGCUAUUGGCUGCUGCAACAAGAUGCUCAUGCUCGAAAACGCAGUGUACUUCGUUGCCAGCCCUGAGGCGUGUGCGGCCAUUCUCUGGAAGACUGCCGCUGCCGCUCCCAAGGCCACGGAGGCGCUGCGCAUCACAGCGGAUCAGCUGCAGCAGCUGGGCGUCGUGGACGAGAUUAUCCAGGAACCCCUUGGUGGGGCACACAACGAUCACAUGGCCACGUCGAUGGCCAUCAAGGCCUCCAUCAUGGCGCACAUGAAGGUGGGGGGUGGGAGGAGAGAAAGAGAGAUGCUUGACCUUGUGCAGAAGGACGAGCAGCGAAUCAUCUGUGAGCGCGUGAACAAGUUCCGGCAGAUGGGUGGCUUCACUGUGCCGCCCAAGGUGGACCCUGCCAAGCAGCGCGCUCUCAAGAAGCGCGACCGCCCUGCCGGCCAGAGCAUCCCCGCCUCCCCGUCCCGCUCCGCCUCCCUGCCCGCCACGGGUUCACAGCCCCUUGCAGCGCCUACUGAAAAUGGCAAUGGUGCCACGUACCCUUCGUCUGUUGUGAGCGCUGAUGCCAAUGUGACUGAGCAGCGUGGUACGAAGCAGGCAUCAUCUGAAGAAACGCAUAAAGAGCGGCGCGAGCAUGGCAGCAAGCAGCAAGAGAAGGAACAUCAGGAGAGGGAGCAGCAAGACGGGAAGCAGCAGAACGAGGCGCAGCAAAAGAAUCAGACAACCGGCAGCGACAGAAGAGUGGACAAUUUUGAGGAGGGGGUGAUUCGGCGGGAAGGGAAGCGGCAGGAAAUGGAGGGGGAGGAAGCCGAGGUGCGGGAAGGGGAGGAAGAGUUGACUGGAGCAGCAAGUCGCAGGACUCGUCUUUAUGCUGUUCGAUGGGACAGGCAACCGGCCAAUGAGUGUGUGACAGGUGGCGAGUGCUCGCAAGAUGUGGGUGUCUUCGUUUCUGCAUCAGGGCGACUAAUGCAGUGGGACGUUGCCCCUGCUACUAUUGCACAGCAGCGUGUUCAUGCAGUGAAUAACAACCCCACAGCACCACAUCACACCCCUACAUCAUCACACCAAGACCUCUCUGCACCACAGCUCAGCCCCACGGCACAUGCUUCCACUAGCAGCAGACAUCCCACCUCUGCUGACGCCUGCCUUCCUCUCCUCCCAUCGCUUCCUCGUUGGGUCACCAUCACCUCCGUCUCUGUGGGCCUCCAGCAUUGCCUCGCGCUCUCAGGUGAAUUUUCAGGUACCUUCUGUGCUGUGCUGUGUGCUGCUGCUAUCCCCUCCCCCCCUUGCUUUCCCAUGGGGACACCAUCACGUCGGUCUCUGUUGGCCUCCGCCAUUGCCUGGCGCUCUCAGGUGGUUUUUCAGGUGCCUGCCUGUUAUGCUGUUUGCUCCUGCCAUGCCAUCCCCUCCUCCCCUCGCUUCCCCACUGGGUCAGCGUCUCUCACAUCUCUUUUGGCCUCCGCCAUUGCCUCGCCCUCUCAGGUGAUUGAUCAGGUGUCCCUUGUGCUGUGUGCUGCUAUUCUCUUCCCACCCCCUGCCCUCGAUCUCCUCAUUCUCUCUCUCAGGCUGUCGGCAUGUCUUCAGGCAUUGGAAUGGUGUGGGCGUGGGGCGAGGGGGGUGAGGGGUGUGAGAGGCAGCAGGAAGCUCAAGUCAAACCCGCACACACAAAACUCCUCUCUUCCUCCUGCCCCCUCUACCCUCUACCCUUCAUCCACAGCAGGCAGUGGAAUGGUGUGGGCGUGGGGCGAGGGGGGUGAGGGGCAGCUGGGGGUUCAAAUCAGACCACACGCACUCCUCCUCUCCCACCGGUUCCCCCCCCCUCUCCUCUCUUUACCCACAGCAGGCAGCGGAAUGGUGUGGGCAUCUUCCCCCUUCCCCUCCCAUUCCCCCUGCCCAUCCCCUUCCCCAUCCCCCUUCCCCUCCCCCCACUCUGCCUCCUCCCCGUCCCACUCCCCCUCUCCCCCCUCUCCUCCCAUCCCCCCCUUCCAUCUCCCCCUCCUCCCUCAUGUGUCUCCUCUCUCAUGUGCCAUGCCAGAGGAUGGCUCGCUCUUCUCCUUUGGAUGGGGCCAGUAUGGGCAGGUAUGCAAGUACGCUGUGCAUUGCUGGUUUUGCAGGCUGCUAUGUCGUGGGCAGGUAGCCAUUGCUGCUGGCCUCUGGCACUCCCUCGCCCCCACCCACCUUGUCACCUCUCUCACCGCUGCUGCUGCUGCUGCUGCUGCUGGUGCUGCUGAUGCCACUGGUGGUAAAUCUGGCGCUGCUGCUGUUUUUUUUAUGCUUGCAAUGUCUCACUCCCUCUCACCCCUUUUCACCCCCUACUACCCACACCAACCACCUCUCGUUCCCAGUUGUGGCCACGGCACGUCAAGCGACCAUCUCUCCCCCACCCGCAUCUCCUCCUUCUCUGGCCUCACAGUGACAGCCAUCGCUGCUGGCCUCUGGCACUCCCUCGCCCUCGCCCUCCCUGCUGGCUCAAUCUGUGGCCGUGGUGCCGCUACUGGUGGUGAUGUCAGUGGUGGUGAUGCUGACGUGGAGGUGGACGGUGCUGACGUGGAACUGGAAGGCGGUGACGUGUACAGCUGGGGAGGCAAUCAGUUUGGCCAGCUGGGCACUGGAGACACGGCAGCUAAGGUGUUUCCAACGCUACUGGAUUCUCCAGAUCUGGACAAUUGUUCGCUGAAAGGGAUCUCCUGUGGAGCACGGCACUCGGCCGCUAUUACCACCAACGGCACUCUUUUCGUCUGGGGCUCCAACAAGUUUGGGCAGGACCAGCUCUUAAUCUGCCGCGACGUGCGCCUCGAGCCCGGACGGCAACUCGGAGCGUAUCAACUUCCCGAUGCUGACGUGGACAGCAGUAUCAAUGACACAGCAGGCGCGGUCGACACGUCGCGCUCCGCAUCUCACGGACACUCCCGCCCAGUCUUUCUUUUCAAUAAGAUGCGCCUCCUUCCAAAAUCUCCUCCUCCCGCGGUAGAAGAAAUCGAGGAAAUAAGUGUACCAGAAUUGAUUAUAACGGUGGGUGAGCCUGGCGGCGAGCCGUUACAUCCGUUAGACCGGUCGGGUAACCCGCUCCUCCGAGCCAUUCCCUCCUACGAACGGCAGUUUCGUCAAGAUCUGUUACAGGCUCAGGCGUAUCUCGCCGCCAGCCAAUCGCGUUUCGACACGUGUCGGCGGCUCCUGCAGGAGCAGCACACGCAAGCAGAAGCCGUCCGUUCCGGAUCUGCCAGCAUGGAGGCCAUGGCCCUCCAUAUAGUCACAUCGUUUGCGGAUUUUCAAUCUUCGUAUAAGCAGCAGUACAGCCGUCACGAGCUCCUUCUGCGAACCUUCCACCGGAACCUCCGCGCGUUGCACUCUUGUCGUUUACUGGCGCCCGUCCGGGCGGCAACCGGGUGGCAGAGCCUCGUGCAACUGGCCAAGGAGCCGCGGCUGCAGCAGGCGUUCUCGGAGUGCCACGUGGCGCACGCUCAGAUGGCCACGAAGGUCGCUGAGCUGGAGCAGCAGUUUCAAGACACGCGGGCGGGAAUCGAGGAGCUGAUAGGCGGCGGGGGAGGGGGAAGCGGAGAAACUGCAGUCAGCGGACCUUCGGCUGAUGCUGCUGCAGGGGCCGCGGGCGCAAACGCGGGCGCGGAAGGGCGGCGGAGGGAGGCGGAGGUGGUGCGGGAAGUGGAAGGGAUGGUGGAGGAGGGACACCGGCUGCUGGAGGAGCAAGAAGUCAUCCUUGGCGUUCUCGGCUAUUACACGACUGAACGCUCUCAUGCGCCACAUUUCAUCCCCCCCUGCCUUUCCCCCUCCCCUCCCAUCCGCUCUUCCCCCUCGCCGUUCCCCCGCCCUCUCCCCUCUCCCCCUCCCCCCAGCAAGGAUCUCAACACAGUGAGGCAGCUGCUACACGACUGCACGGUCUCAGUUACCCACUCCUCCUCCUCCUCCUCCCCCUCCUUCUCCCCCUCCGCCUCCCCUUCCCGCCUCCUCCCCCCUCCCUCCCCUUCUUCCUCCCCUUCCUCCUCCUCCUCCACCUCCUCCUCCUCCUCCUCCCCGCACCUCCAACCAAUCGAAGCCGUUGCUGCCCUAGACCCAAUCUGCACCGUCCAUUCCUCCUCCCUCCUCCCGCGGAUCUCAGCCAUCGAUUCGCACCUCGCGGCUCUCGUCCAAUCAGCGCGCGCCAGCAAGAUCGCUAUGACGAAUCUCGUCCACACGCGCAUGCAGGCCGUCGCCAGGUGGCAGUCCCGGGUUCGUGGAUUCCGAAACCGCCUGCACGCGUUCAGAGAAGCGAUUUCCCGCCAAGACGCGCUCUUCUCGCUCCUCGCCUCCGCCCGGGCUUUAAGAGGGGCUUACGCGGAUUGUAUAGGGGAAAUCGCCCGCAGAAAAGGGUUCGGGAUGGGGUAUAUGGGGCGGGCACAGCAGGUGGCAGAGGAGAUGGCGAGAGUGAGAGAGGAGGAGGUGGAGAGAAGGGAGAGGUUCUGGCAGCGGCAGGGAGAGUUAGGGUUGGUGCCUCGGGUGGUGAUAGAAGGGAUGGGGUUGGGGCAUGGGUGUGUGCCUAGUGUGUGUACUGUGAGUGUGGCGCCUUUUGAUGAGGGAUUGGUGAGGGCGAACAUCAAUAGCAGUAUCGCACAUGUCUAUGACGAGGAUGACACAGCUGGCAGCGCCUUCCCCUCUCACCAUCACCACCACCACCAGCAGCACCGGCAGCAGCAUCAUGCUGACGUGGACGAGGAGGACGCUGACGUCAGCCAGUCGAACGAUGACAUGGCGGGCGGCAGGAGCGCGGAGGAGCUGGCAGUGGAUAACAUGCGGCUCAGAGCGGAGCUGAUUGCACUCAGAGUGCUGGGCGCAGCUGGGGCAGGUGCUACUGGGGUAGGUUUAUCCGGGGUAGGUGAAGGUGCGUGUGGAGGGGGAGGAGGGGGACACGUGGCGGAGGAGUGGCAGCAGCUGGUGCAGGCGCUGCAGCUGAGGGAGCAGGUGGUGCGGCAUGUACAGGUGGCGUUGCGUGAUAGGCAGGCGCAGGUGGAGGCGUACGAGCGGCGAAUCAGAGAGCUGGAAGGGAUGCUGGGCGAUAUGAGCCGAGAUAUUUCGAGAGAUAUGGGUAGAGACAAGGCUGAUGUGCGGACGAGUGACGCAGUCACAGAGGAGGUGGAGCAGGAGGGCGGAGAACACAUUGAGGAGGGUGCAAUGGAGGAGGGGAGGACCGUGGAGAAGAGAGUAAGUCAGGAGGGAGAGAGAGAGGAGGAGGGGAAGAGUGAGGAGGAGAGAAGGAGAGAGGUGGCAGGGUUGCAAGAGGAGGUGCAAGCCACGUUGAGUGAGGUCCAGUCGUUGCAAUCGAAGCUCACUGCGACAGAGUCGCAGCUAUCCGCAGCGCAAUCAAAUCUGUCUGCAGGAGAAUCAAAUCUGGCCACUGUCCAAUCGAAGCUCACGGCGGCGGAAGCCAGGCUGGCAGCCGCCGAAUCCCAGCUGGCAGAGGCCCGUGAUGAGUCAGCGCGGCUGGAAGGGCUGCUAAGCGAGCGCAGCGCUGAGCUGGACGCUCGCACUGUAGAUAUAAAUAAUAUUACUGUAGAUUUUAAUGCUUGUAAAGAGGAAUUGAGUCUGUGUAUAGUGGAGCGUGAGAGGAAUCAGGGGCGGCUGGAGCAGCUGCAGCGUGAGCUGGAUCAGGUGAGUCAGCAGCAGAGGCAUGAGGCUGCCAGAGUGGCGGAUCUCGAAGCUGACGUGGCACAGAAGGAUGCUGAGCUGGCAAAGCUUGCUGCUGACCUGGCGGCUGCUGAGGUGGUGGCGGGAAGGCUUGCUGAGCUGGAGCAAAGGGCUGGUGGGCCGGUGCAGCUCCAGCAGCUGGUAGUGAGGAGGUGGGGAGCGGUGGAGAGGUGUGGAGUAGAAGGGGCAGCAGCAGGAACUUGGGAAAAUAAGGAUGGUUUGACAGCUGGUUCGGAAGCUGGUGCGGGGUUGGGCCGGCAGGGCAGUGACGUGGCAAGACACGUGGAGGCAUUGGAGGAUUCAGGUGCCACGUCAGCUGGGCAAGGCAGUGACGUGGCGAGACAGGUGGCGGCGCUGGAGGAGGCGCUGCGGAGGAAGACUGCCAUGCUGGCAGAGCGAGGAGCGAGACAGCGCACGCUGCGCUGCGCCGCAGACCGGCGCGCGGCGGAGAGCGGCGGGUUGCGGGCGGCAGCGGUGCGGCUGAGAGGGCUGAUGGAGCGAAUCAACCGAUGCUUACAAGCAAACAGCCUUGGGGGUGUCGUGGAGGGGCUUUCCGGCUUGGCAGACUCGCUGGGAGAGGCGACGGGUGGAGUCGCUCCGGCAACAGGUGGAGCUGUUGCUGCUGUGGCUGCUGUGGCUGCUGCUUCUGCUGGCUCUGCUUCGGGCCUGAGCAGGAGUGCCGUUUUAGCUAGCGGCUUGAGCAGCAGCAGCAUGGCUGAUUCUGCAGCUGCUGCUGCUGGUGCUGCUGGUGCUGCUGCUGCUGCUGGUGGUGGUGGUGCUGCUGCUGCUGCUCCUUCUGCCCCUGCUGCUCCGGCUGCUGCUGCUCCUAGUGUCCCAGCGGCAGAGGAGUGGGUGGUGGCGGCGGUGAGGGCAAUAGCAUUGGGGGUGGGGCGGGUGGUGGAGCGAGGGCGCAGGGCGGAGGGGGACGCGCACCGCCUGGCCCGGCAGCUGCAACGCACGUCAGAUGCACUCGUGGACAUGUCUUCAAAGCACGAGCUGGUGAAGCAGAUCGCGCGUGAGAGGACAGCCUUCGCUCGUUUCCACACGCCUGACAUCGCUGCCUUUGUGCCCGUGGGGAGGGGGGGGGCCACUACCGCGCGCUCGGCUCGCCUCAGUUGCACCUCCCCCACCUUCAGUGUUCCUUGCCUCUCCCCCUCCCUUCCUCCAUCCCUCCCUUCAGAUCGCGCGUGA